CGAAAUCGGAAUUUCAAAACAAAUCCGUCGCGGGUCGCGUAAAGUUGAUUUUUGUUCGCAAUUUCGAGUGAAAAAGUGGCUUUUUGGCUUGUUAAUGUGUUGUGCUUAGCAGUUUUUGAUAGCUAUGGCUUGAGAUCAUUUGAAUGUGCAUUUUUAGUUCGAAAAAAUAAGUUGCUUCAGGCGUAUGUGAAAGGUAUAUGGUGGAACCACAAUUAAUGUAAUGUGAAACUGCAUCGAAAAUAGAAUUGAGGUCUCGGUGUAACCAAAGCGUAAAAAUGAAUGUCGGUCGUUUGAAGUUGAAACCCCGCGGGACGGCAUCGGCAACUGCGGGCUCCGGCAGCAAAAACAGCAGCAUUUCUUCGUUGGCUGAGGUUUCCGCUAGUUCGGCACAAUUUACGGGACCCAAGGCUGGCACCAGUGGCAGCAAAUCUUCCGCAUCAAGCUCGGGGCGCUCCAGGCACCAGUCAUCGGUGCGAUUUGCCCUCGAGGACGAAGUUAUUGGUAGCCUUAGUGCCAGUAGUGCAAGUGUUGCCAGUAGCAGUGCCAGCCACAAUGAAGACAGCCUAGAGAUUAUGGAAGAAAUCGAGGCGAUCGAUGGUAGUAGUAAGCAGGACGAGGACAGCAGUGCCAGAGACAGUAGCAGUGUCUCAGAAGCGUUACCCCCCUUGGAUAUCGGGGCGAUUAAACCUACUACUAGCAGUCAACCGACAGGCGCUGACCGGAAAAGGCAACUGUUUGACAUUGGUGAUGAAACGGAUUUUGUUCCAAGUGGCUCGGGAGGAAGAGGAGAGUUCGAUAUCGAUGAACUCCAGCUUUCAGCAGAUGCUAUCGCUCAACAUUUUCAACCGUUAAGUGAUGGAGAUGAAUCUCAGGGGGGAAGUUUUAAAGUGACCAACAAGAAAAAGUUGCUACAUCAAAAUAAUGAUGUAGAUUCGUUGGAUCAAAUACUAAAUGAAAUUGAAUCUUCGGAGGUGGAGGAUUUAGGGAAAGCCUCAAACAGUGAAAAUGAAGAAAUUUUGACGAAGUCUAAUCCCAAUUUGAAUCAAAUCGUUCACAAACCAAAAGAGCUAUCACCGUUGAACGAAGAUGAUGUGUUGAUCAAUAAUAGUAAAGUGAGCCUUAAUUCUCUGAAAAAAAUUCAAAAGCAGUCAGCAGUGCAUGAUAACAGUGGUGAUAACAGUCUCAACACGACUAAUGAUAUUUCAGAGCUUGCUCGUGACACGGAAAGUGAUAGAGUGAUGAGUGAUAAUUACGAUCGUAGCUCACAAAGUGAAGAACAGUUCAGGUCAAAAAUGAGUGAUUUAGACGCAGCAAAUUCAGCUUUAAAACCUGCACAAACAAGAAGCAAAAGCGUUGAGAUACCAGACGCUCCUGGGGGUUCGGGAGGCAAAGCACCAUUUACGAGUCUCGGUUUUAUCAAAUCGGUUGAUGAAGAAAACUCGAAAGCCAAAGAUCUAAGUUCCGAAAAUGAUAACUCAAUUGAUGAGAUUCUCGUAUCGAAUCAUUCGAUUGAAACAUCAGCAGCGGGUCCCAAAAUGGCUAGUUUACCAGAAGAACUAUUCGCCAAUGAAGGGGAACAACAUUCUACUGAUAGUAAUAUCUCUGAUAGCUUAAGGGAAAAAAUCCUCUCAUCUAGCAAAUCCUUUGAAGAAGUGAAAACUCAACACGAUUUAGAAGUGCCUAGUGAUAAAACCGAAGAUGAUAAACCAGUGACAGUGAAACAAAUGGAAAAAGUAACAGAUUUCAAGGAAGCGUUAGAAGAUAUAUCAGAAGAAUCGGAAAAUAAUUUGAAUAACCCCAAUCUAAUAGAAAAUAAAUUAAGUGGUGAAGAUGAGCCCGGUCCUUCAAGUGCUGUUAUCGAAAAAGGAAAAGAAAUCCGUAAAAUUUUGGAGGAAAAAGUUCUUCACAAACAACUUAGUAUCGGGAGCACUAUAUACGAGGACAACAAAGAAAACAUACCGGAUUCUUUGUCGUUCAACAAAUCCUACGAUUUCGAUAGUGUUGUCAGCUUGAACAUGUUUCAAGCUAUGACCAAUGAAAUCAAAGAACUGCGGGAGCUUAUCACUACCAAGGACAUUAUGCUGGAAGGAUUUUCUCGAAGAGAAUCGCUCAAGGAUUCAACGAGUAUCGCUACCAACUCCACUGAAUAUCGUCCACUGAACGAAGAUGUUGUUUCCAGUAAAGAACUGCACAACAAUAUCAACGAACAAAACCAAUGGAUAAUUGUUUUGGCUGAGAAGUUGCAGGAGUCAAACCAAGCUCGCGACCGUUUGGAAGCUGAAGGACUACGCCUGGCAACUGAAGUAAACCAAUUGCGUAAACAGGUGGCGGAUAAUGUCGAGGCAAUAAAACAAAAAGUUCAGUGGAUGCCACGGGAUCAGGAAAGUACUGGCCAGAGAAUAUCUGAAAUAUCCAUCGAUCUGGUGAGCGAAACUGAUGAUGCCUUAUCCGAUUUUCCUGAUCUGUAUGAAGAGCGUUCCAACAGAAAUUCUCGGGAACGACAGCUAGACAUCGAUUUGGAUAUCGAUUACAGCGAUCAAAAUCCGCUCCACCCAACUACCACCUUGACCAAACAGUUGGAACAGUUCAGGAAAUAUCUGAUCCCAGAGGAACUGAGGCUGUUCAACAUGGUCCAGCGAAAAUUCGACGAAUAUAUAAAACAGGAACUUGAUAAACAAAAAGAGACGCAUGAUGAUGAAAUCAAAAUUUUUCAAGAACGCCUAGAAUCGGAGAAAAGUGACCACGAAACCGAAGUGAGUCGCCUAAGGCAAAUGUUGUCCAAUGUAAAAAGCGGAUCAACGGAAGUUAUGGAUCUUCGAAAGGAACUCGAAGCACGCCAUCAGCAGGAAAUGACUGAUCUUCGCACCUAUUACGAAAAAACAUGCGCCGAGCUGCAAAAACAAUACUCGGAAGAGGUAUUUUCCCAGCACAGUAGAAGAAUGUCUGACGACACCGCGUCGGAUAUAUCGGAUCAGGAAGAUUUUCCGGAAGAGAACGGCGGCUAUCAAUCAAAGCAUGGCAGUCCCAAGCGAAAGCUAAAAGAUGAUAUCUAUCUUAGCCCGACUCAUCGGAAGAUCACUCCCACCACGAUCGAUACCACCGAAGGUAGUGCGGAUGAGGUGAUGGAAGUGGUUGUGGUGGAAUCAGAAAAGGAUUCACACUUGGGCCCCGAAGAGUUGAGAGAGUUCUAUCAGAACAAAAUCCGCCAGUUGAAGCUUCAACAUAGUGAGGAUACAUUGCAGCUGCGGAUCCGUCUCAAGCACUUCGAAGAGAAGGAAGCAGGCGAAAAGUUUAUGUCUAACAACAACGCUCAGCCGGUGAGCCAAGACGUUGCAUCCCAUCUAACACCAACAACAGCACAUGAGACUGAGACUGAGUCUGAAAAACAGUCCCUUGGUGUGUUACUAACUGCCGCCAACAACCGCACAUUGACUAAUCCAACUACUUCAACAACCACCACCGAUGCGGGAACCGAGCCAGUUGAUGAUCUGCAGGAAAUCAUUGCCGAUUACGAACGGCGGCUGCAGGAACAGGUGGCCCUGGCCCGGCAAGACGUCCUGCAUGAACUUGAAGUUCAGAUACAGGCAUUGCUUACGGACGGAAUCACCGAAGAUAGCCACUGGCCGCCGGAGUUGAUUCUUCUCCGGGAAAAGUUUACCGCUAAAAGUCAACUGGAGAUUGCUCAGAUAGAAAUAAAACAUGAACAGGAAAUGGCUCGCUUGAAAACUGAUUUCGAAAAGCAAUUGCAGUGGAAGCUGAAACGUCAAACUACGUUCGACUCCACGCGGGACUUUGAUCAAAUCAUUAGCGAGCGUGAUAAUUUACGGGAGCUUUCGUCGACUUUGCGCAAUGUGCUCGGUGAGCUGGUUAAAUAUGUUUCGAUAUGUGAGGAUGAUUUGAAUAACACAGUGUUCGAUGAGCUUCAAAAGCAUGGAAUUCUUCCGGAAAGUGAACUGCCGGAUGUAUCGACGUUAGAUUUAAACGUAUCGGAUGUGUCAACGUUUUCGACAAGAAAGUUCCUUAAAUUCACACCGGAUGUGUCUGGUUUAAUUUCCAUCAUUGAAGAUCCUUCGUUUGUGGAGUUUGUGUCCAAGGAUGCUGGACAACACGAAAAAUUUAAUCAGUCUCUCAAUCUUGAAGAGUGUUUGGACAAAUUACGAUGUGAGGCGGUACAGAUUUUGAAACUAUCUGAACGACUCGUGAAAAAGCCGGAAUCUAAGGACGAAGAUCUGGACAAAGUUUCCGAGAAAAGUGAUAGCUGCGAAGAAGAAGACGGUCUGAAACGUGGAACCGUUAAGAAAGAGAACGCUAGCACCCGAUCACUGGACCACGCCAUGGGGCGUAAAAAUUCUGCUUCAGAGAAUAAUCAAAAUAGUACCACUAGUCUUCCAACGGAUCUGGCCGCGGUGCAAUCCAGCGGUGAGCUGCACAUUUUGAUACACGAGCUUAGAAAUGAAAAGCAGCUGCUGGAGAACAAACUGGCUGAUACCUUAAGUAAACAUAACAACUUGGUGGUUGAGCUUAACAAGACAAAAAAUCAUUUGUUGGAAAUCAACAGCCAGCGGGUUGAAUUUAGGGAAGGGUACGGCACAAACGCACUGCUUCCUUGUGCCCAGAAACCUCCCAAUAGCUUUAUCGAACUGCAAGAUAAGGCGAAAGCAUUUCUGGAAAGCGUUUCCCCCGAUAACACCCUGGACCACAGUGCAAAUUUGCUGCAACUGGUAGAGGACUUCUGCCGGGAGGGCGAACGGUACCUGGAGGAUGGAAAACGAGACAAGAUGGACCUGCAGGCACAGAUUGAUGCCGCUGACAAGCAACUCAAAAUGACACGCCAGUUCCUGGAUGAACAGGCCGUCGAACGUGAACAGGAACGUGACGAGUUUGUGAAGGAGAUUGAGAAGCUCAAGGUGCAACUACGUGAAAAGGAUAAGGAUAAAGUGAACUUUGAACGAGUUACGAAAGAGGAUGGAUUUUUGUGUGACAAUUGUAGUUGUGAUAGAGAUGUACAGGCGAUUAUCGGAAAACUGGAAGCGGCCGAGCAACAGUACAAGGAACUGAGCGUUCAGAUUUCCGACCGCGAUGAUCGAAUCCGGAAGCUAGAAUCGGACCUCAAAGAUUCCAUCGACAAAGGAUUCACGCUUCGAGAAAUCAUUACUGAACUAGAAACCCACGUCGAAGGCAAAUCGAUCAACGAGCAUGUCCAGGAAGCCAAAAUAAAGGAGCUUGAGAUCUACAUCGAUGCGCAAGACCGUCAGAAGGAAUCUUUGCAUCAAGAGAUGGAAAGUCUCAAGGCAGAUCGAGGCUACGAGGAAAAAAUCGCGAAGCUCGAGGAAGAACUUCGGCUGUCGCGGCCAAGUCUCGAGCAAAGCAUGGUGCUCGAAGCUUUGACGGUUCAAUUACGCGACAUCGAGGAAACGUUGGAGCGCAAAACUAAGAAUCUCGAAACCCUGCAUUCCAACUCGGCUGCUUCGCUCGUGUGUAGCAGUCCUUCGGAAGACAUAUCCAUGAACCAGGAAAGUCCGCUGCAUAGAAAGAAAUCUAGUGAAGCCAGUUCGUUGGUUGGCGAAAAACAAAAUCCGCCUCCGCUGCCUGUCGAUGAAGUGCAACGAAUAUUUGAUAAACUUCAUCGGCACUCGCGCAUCGAAGAGGUUGCCAUCAAACGCAUUAACGAUCUGGAGAUGCAAAUAGCUGGUGUGCGAGCUGAAUAUUCGGAACUGCAACAUGAGCGCGAUGUGCUGCAAGAACGCAUGUCGGAGCAAUCGCUCAAAAUUACCACGCUUCAAUCGAAGCUGGACGAACAGCGAGUGCGUGCCGAAGAGUUACAUCGGCAGGGCACAUCACACUUGACAGUCAAGGUGCACGAUCUUCAGAACGAGUUGAUUAAUCUGAAGGAAACUCUGCAAACGCGGGACAAGCAGAUUACGAAUCUGAAAAACUUCCUAGAAAACAGCCAACAGGUGAUCGAGCGUCAAGAGAAAGAACUAGCCAUGAAUCAGGCUAACAACGAUCGUAGCCAGUAUGAGCUGAAACUGGAAGCCGAUCUGAAGGCUAAAUGCGACGAAAUACAGCAGCUUAAACAUAAAAUCCAGCAUGAGAUGAUCAACAAAGUGGCUCUCCCUGAUCUGAUGGAAACCAUGUUGGCUGAUAAAAAUGAAGAAAUCGAUCAGCUGCGAGAAAAACUGAUCAUUCUGCAACAAGCUAGUCCACCUCAUCCACCGCAAACAGGAACAGCGCAUGGCAGAGAAGAUGACAAUGCGCGAACCUUAAGUGACAUCGUUUCGAUAACGGACUGUGAUGAAUCCGACAUGGUGAUGCGACGAAUGCCUCCGGGACAGGCCGAUUCCGGACUUCUGGCAGCCGCCAACAGCAUACCGAUGAUGUUCUGGACCGAUAUGUGUGUUCUUACGAUAAAGGACACAUCCAUGCUCUCGAAAGAACCGGCUCAAACAUUCAACGUCACUGGGGCUAGUCACAGUGCAGCCGGAGAAAACCGAUUCACGCCGCUGAUGAAGCCUCAUACUGGGGCUCCUCUGCCGAAACCCACACCAUUCCCUUGUACCGGUGGUGCCGGUAGCUUUGAAGCUCCCAAUUUCUUCCCGGACCUGUCGUCGGUUCUGGGUGGUGGUUUCCUGUCACAGCCGAGGCCAACGCCUUCCCAGGGAUCGGUCAAUUCGCCUGAAUUCGUUCCCAGGCAGAUAAACUUUUCCCUUGUGGAACAAUCAUCUUCAUCGGGCGCUGGCUAUCGGGAGCCUGCAUUCAUCGAAGAAAUCUAUGACGACGAAGGAGCGGAAGUGUUGAAAGCUUCUUCCGAGCAAGGUAAGCGAUUAUCGGACAUUUCUGAACAUGUGACUGCAGAAGACAGAGAUAAAUUGGAAAACGAGCUGGAAUCGUUAAAAAUGAGUUUAGAUAGGGUUACCAAUGAAAAGAACGAAGCUUUAGAGCGGUUGCAGGGUGAAGUGCAAGACAAGAUAGAUCGGAUAUCUGAUCUGCAGGUUGAAUUGGCUGCACGAAAUCAGUUAUACGAGGAUUUGUUGCAGGAAAAGAAAGAUUUGAAAGAAGAGCUCAAAAAAGUGAAGGCUAGCUUAGUUGAACUAGAGUCAGUUUCGGAGAAAUUGGAGAAAAAGGAAGUUGAGUUGAAAGACGCUCUAGAGAAGUUAGCUUUAAAGGAAGGGGAAGUAGAGGAUUUUAAUAAUUCAAAUUCUAAGAUUAAGGAAGAGAUGCAACAGCAGUUGGUGGAAUCGCAAGGACUAAGAUCAGAUUAUCAGAAGUCUCAAUUUUUAUUGGAUACUUUAAAACAGCAGGUGGAAUCGUUGAACAAAACAAUCAGCCAUAAAGACGAACUGUUGACAAAGUUGGAGAAAGACAUUCUAAAUUACAGCAAAAAUGAAGAAAAGUAUCUUGAACAGCUAAAGGUACUAGACGCAAAGGACACCGAGUUAAAAAUUCUACAGGGCAACUACAAAGAUCGUUUGCAUGAAAUCGAUAUCCUCAACGAGGACAAUAGAUUCUUGAAUGAGGACAUUACUCGUCUUAAGAAUGAGAUUGCGAAAAGCUCGUCAACUAGUUUGCCUUUCAAUCCAUCCUAUGUACAGUUCUUGAAACAGAACUGUGAGAAAUUUGAAGAAGAGCUUGAUGAAACGAAAGCAAUGUUGACAGAAAAAAUGUUAGCGCUAGAGCGCGUUAAGAUCGAUUUGAGUGCUUGUCAACGGGAGGCUGAAGAUUUAAGGUGUAUGCUAAAGGAGAAAGAAAGCAUGAUUCAACAGAUUGGUGUUGAUGGAAACAAUUUGCAUGAAGCUUUGUCCGGCAUACAGAAUAAAAUGCAAGAAAACAAUAUUAGUUUGAAUAAGAAAUUGCGAGAAGAACAAGAGCGAAAUGCUGUGCUUCAAUCGGAAGUGAAUAAAUUGAAGAUUCAGUUACAACGAAGCGAUAACUCUUCGAGUCCAAAACCUUUUUCGGUCGAAGAAAUUGCUGAGCAAAUAGAAAAGGAACUUAAUUAUUCUGCUCAGCUAGAUUCUAGUAUUAUGAAAGCCAUCGAAAGCGAUGAUGUAAAUUCCGAGGGUGAGCUCAAUAAAUCGAACGGAAAAGCACAGAAGAGUGCUUCAAAUUUAGAUGACAUCAAGCAACAACUUCAAAUGGAGAUUGAUAAUAAUGGCAAAUUGCAUGAGAUGCUCGAGCAAGAGAAACACAAUUCCAAUGCUAUACAAAUGCAAGAUGCAGAAAUCAUUGAGGCAAUGCGUUUGCGAUUGGAAGCUGCAAUAGACAAUGAAAGUGCUCUACAAAAACUUUUGGCUGAAGAGAAAAAUAAGAACGACCGCCUAUCAACGUUGAUGGCAGGCGUUCAAAGAACUAAAUCCUUCGAUAACUAUUUGUUGAUGUCGACAAAAUCUCCUCAGGAAUCACCUCUGCGCAGAUUGAACCGAAGCAACGAGUUUGAGUCGGAAGUAGUGGCUCGUUAUGAGGGGGAGAUCAAAUUCCUGUCGGCUCAAAACGAGCGUGAACGGGAACGGGCAGUUGAUUUGCAACGCGUAUUGGAACGAGAACGGAAUCGUUUCGAAAAAGAAAUAGCCGAUCGUAAUGAGCAUAGCGAACGUGUUAAGAAAGAGUUGCUCAGAGUAACAAAAGAAAAAGAUCGCUUGGAGGUGGAGUUGGAUCACGAACAAGAAAAACAAAUCCUUGCUCACAAGGAAAUCGAAAGUCUAGAAAAGCGGAUCAGUGCUCUGCAGGAGGCUGAAUCUAUGCGCUCAUUGCGCAGAACUUCCGGUCAAAAUUCUUUGGAGUUCCAAGAGUUGCGAUUACGAUUAGAAAGUGUUGAGCAGGAACGAAAUCGUCUGCAGGAAAUAGUUCAAAGUCUUCAAGCGGAAGUUGACAGGAGAAAGCUUCGCGAGGCAAAACUCACUGAAGCAUUAAGCAGGGAAAAUUCUGCGGUCGAUGGUAAUGUACCUGAACAAUUUCUGGUGAAAUUGAGAGACCUUAAUAGCAUGCUUGAAUCCAAUGCCAGGGAAAAUCAACGUCAAGCUGAAACGCUACGGAUGAUGAUCGAAGAACGAAAAGCUCUUCAGAAACGUAUUCAAGAGCUAGAGCGCUAUAACGUCCAUAAUAGUCACUAUAACAGAGACGAUCUGGAAGAACGAGCCAACCAUCUUUUCGGCAAAUAUCUUCGUUCCGAAAGUCAUAGAAAAGCGCUAGUUCAUCAGAAGCGUUACCUCCAAAUCGUACUCAAUACCUACGAGGAGAAUGAAUCCAAAGCUCUUCAGCUGCUGGCUCAAAACUCACCACUAUCUUUGCAAGACUGUAAACUGCCGGAAAAUUUUUAUAAAUCCAGUGACCAAACAAAGCAACAACGUUCCUCUAGAAAGCAUUCUUUUCGUGCCGUUGUAACUGUUGUUAUCGCCAUAGAACGUAUGAAAUUCAUUGUUCGCAAAUGGCAAGGCGGUCGACAAGUUUGCGCAAAGGCCAUUUUCUCCCAACAAUUUACUCCCAGACGUUCGCAAUCAGCAACUACGAACAUUUGGGCGCGAUCACCAAAUUCCCACUUCGUGGAGUACAAUUCGUCUCCACCGGCACGGGAUCGAAAUUCGGCAUUCCAAACUGGACAGACCUAUUCCGGAAACUAUCUCCGAUUGCCGGAAACGCAACUUCUUAUGAAUACCGAUAUGCGCGAAAGACUUGAAGAACAGUACAACAGAUCGAAUGCAAAUCGGUAGAAACAAAUUCUGAACUUGCGAAAGAAGAUAUAGAUAUGAUUGGUAUUAGUAAAUCAGCUAAAGUAUUAAGCUUCUGAGUUGCUGAGAUUCUUACUGUCUAGUCACUUUCACUCCUCUGCGGAUCCUUAAAUUACUGAAAUCUCGGUAACAAAUUAUAAGCUCAAUCUGAAACAAAUCGAAUUAAUUGAAAAUUUACCUUAAAAGUUGAUCUCUUUCCAAUUCUAUAACAAACACACUUGUUGUAUAAGCAUGACAAUAAAGUGCCUUACAAACCAAAGUUAGCAUAGCGCACGUAAAAACAUCACAGAACUUAGUUAUUUGUGCUUAUUUGGAGGAAGAACAAAUGCAAGCAACAAUGAUAAAGUUGAAUCUAGAAGCACAAAUGAACCUAUGCAAACCCAGUCAGUUGAGAGAUUUCAGAAGUGAGAAAAAACGCUUACGGUUGAAAGAACCAACAGGAUAAUCUAUUACUCUGCGUUUCCUUCGCCCCACAUUCUCAUUACUCACAGAAGAAGGUAGCUUUUAUUGCAAAAACUUCAGCAGUUAAAAGUUUCACCCACCGACUGCCAACUCAUGCUGCAGGAUAUGAAUGCGAGCUUAUUUUUUUUUAAUCUUAAUUUAACUUCAUUGGUUAGGAGUGUUUUUAUCAUUGACAGUGAAAGCAUGUAUGUACCUACCUACCAUAUUUUUUUAAGUGAAAGACAAUGUUCGUACUAAUCCUAGAAUUUCAAUCUUAGUUGUACAAUAAUUGAUUAUAUAAAAGUUCUUCACGUGAAUAAACAUUGAA